UAAUUCGUCUGGCCAUUAAAGAGUAGAAGAAUGUGAAUUUAAAUGAAAAGAAGAUAAUCUUCUUGUACCAGAUAGUGUAGCAAAGUCACAAUGCCACAGAAUGAAUAUAUUGAGCGCCACCGUAAGCUGUAUGGCUAUCGACUGGAUUACCAUGAACGCAAAAGGAAGAAAGAGGCUCGUGAGCCUCAUAAACGGGCUGAGAAAGCUAAGAAGCUACGAGGAUUGAAAGCCAAAAUGUUCAAUAAGCAGCGCCGAUCAGAGAAGAUUCAGAUGAAGAAGAAGAUCAAAAUGCAUGAGGAAAAACAAGUAAAGAAGAACAGUGAAAAAGUAGCUGAGGGAGCUUUGCCUGUGUACUUGUUGGAUCGAGAUGUUCAGUCCCGUGCCAAAGUAUUGUCCAACAUGAUAAAACAGAAGAGGAAAGAGAAAGCUGGAAAAUGGGAUGUCCCUAUUCCUAAAGUUAAAGCACAAGCUGAUUCUGAAGUCUUCAGAGUUCUUCGAACUGGAAAGUCCCGGCGCAAAGCCUGGAAGAGAAUGGUAACCAAAGUAACAUUUGUUGGUGAAGGUUUUACACGCAAACCACCAAAGUUUGAACGUUUCAUCCGGCCAAUGGCAUUAAGAUUUAAGAAGGCACAUGUUACCCAUCCAGAACUUAAAGCAACAUUCUGUUUACCAAUCAUUGGAGUAAAGAAAAACCCUAGCUCUCCUAUGUAUACAUCUCUUGGUGUCAUUACUAAAGGUACAAUUAUUGAAGUGAAUAUCAGUGAAUUGGGUCUUGUCACACAGGCAGGUAAAGUGGUAUGGGGAAAGUAUGCACAGGUUACCAACAAUCCAGAAAAUGAUGGCUGUAUUAAUGCAGUGUUGCUUGUAUGAUAUUUUUGCCUGUACAAAGUACUGGACUUAAAAUGUUGAAAUAAUGUUCAUUGUCAUGUACAUCUUCUGUAUUGCUUGUGAAAUGAAGAUAAAGGAAAAAUAAAAUUGAAAUAUUAGCA